CAGUUUCAGUUUUCAGUUGUUAACAUGUUUGUUGUUAUGCUUAAAUUUGUUUCUUAAUGAAUCUUAUCUUCAGAAGAAAACUGCAUUUUGAUUUCUAGCAGAAAUCGGCUACCGCGAUACGUGACUCUAAUUGGGAUUUGUCGUUCGUAACUGCGAUUUAAGACUGCGAAUGCAUCGUUUCCGUUUUUAGACAAGUUUGAUUUUUCAGUGUACUCGCCUCUCUCAGUUCCAAAAAGACCUGUUCUCAGCAAUUCUCAUUAUAUGGCGCAGAAGUCCGCACCCUUUGUGAGUUCCCAACGUCGCGGCACGGUCUCCCAGGCCAGCGGUCGCUGGAAGGAUGCCUUAUCGAAGAGUGAGCUGAGCGAUGUGGAAUUUGCAGUUGGACGCCUGUGUGGCGAAGUCAAGAGGUUCCGCGCGCACAAGUUGACUCUCGGCAUCAGCAGCGACGUGUUCCACACCAUGUUCUAUGGGAGCCUGGCCGAGCGGUGUGACACUGCCAUCGACAUCGCGGACAUCCCUCCUGAUGCCUUCGACAACCUGCUCAGAUACAUCUACACGGAUGCGAUGGACAAUCUCCUGCCGGAGAACGCGGUACAGACGCUGUACUGUGCCGACAAGUACGAUUUGCCCUGGUUGGCCGAGCGCUGCACCGACUUCAUCCUCAACGACCUCGACGCGGACAAUUGCCUCCUGUACUUGGAAAAUGCGUUACGCUGGUCUCCGGAUUGUGAUCCUGUGGUGGAGACAUGCUUGGACGUGGUGGAUGCAUCCAGCGAGGCGGUAUUCCAGUCGGCACACUUCACCCAGUUGGAGCGGAAAACGCUGGAGCGAAUUCUGCAGCGCAACACACUGUCGGCAAGGGAGAAUUUCGUCUACACGGCUGUGGAAAAAUGGGCAGCGGCCGCCUGCGCUCGCAAGAAGCUCUCCCCGUCACCCGCAAAUCGCCGCCGGAUGCUGGGUCCUGCACUGUUCCUUGUGCGCUUUGCCUUGCUGAAUGAGGCCCAACUUGCCAACGGGCCUGUUAAGAGUGGUCUACUGAGAGACAAAGAAGUGUCGCGGGUGUUACUGAGUAAACAUUCAACCAGUGAAGAGCCCGCGCUGGAAUUUUCUGUGGAGCCCCGGCGCCACUUCAUGUAUCGCCUCACGUCGAGAUACACGUACAAACCGAUGGAGAAGAUUUUUAUCUUGUACAACAACGGCUACUGGUAUCCGGCAACCGUCACGGGAAACGACGUUUCUGAUUUCUCACACGAGUAUGAAAUGGAUAACGCUAAGGAUAAAGGGGGUAUCCGGCAGCGCAUAAAGGCCGUUCGAGCCAUGGAUAUAUUAAAGCGUGGUCUGCCAGUGAAAGCGUACAUUGACGGAGCUUAUAAGGAGGCGACAUACGGCUCACUGCGAGCUGGACGACAUACUGUCAGCGUCGCUGACCGCGAGUACAGCACGCAUUUCAUGGAACUAAAGAUCUCGCGCAGGCAUGUCGAUGAAUAAACAGCCGCGCAACGGUAGUGUCAUCGGGGGGCUUUUUGGUGUGGUAUUAAAGGACGAGAUCAGCUUAGCAGACAUUUGGGUGUCGUUACAGUAAAUACUUAAUUGGUGUUUUUGCUCUCUUGUGGUAUUACUACCUACCUACAAAUAUUGGGUUUUUGUUAGCUUUUUGUUUUAAUUUUUAUUUGGUUUUCUUUUAUUUUAGUUGGUUGUAUUUUUAUUUGUUGUUUUUAUUUUAGUAUAUCAACCAUUUUCCAUGUAGACUUCUGGAUUUGUUCCUUGCCGGUGUUUUGUGGUAUUGUAAUUGUGUUAUUGCUGCCACUUUCUAGAUGGACACAAGCAAGUAAA